AGACUGAGGAUUUUGUAAAGGCAGGUAAACGUUUCCUAGAGGUAUUACAAAAGAAAAACUCUGAGCAAGAUAGAAGACUUGAAAAGAUUGAGGGAAUAUUAAAUGGUAAGUCCUAAAAGACUAUUCUACAUCUAUACUAGAUGUAAAAAGUGUUUAUAUUAGCGCAAUUUUAUGUUCCUAACGAAACGCAACCUUGUUUUUAGUAAAGGGCUUAGGAAAGAAAAACUGCACGGAUAAACGAGAUUCACAAAUACAAAAUCUGAAGAAAAAAUUUGAAAGUCUUGGAGAUAUGUUAAAAUCGAAACUUGAAAAGAUUGAAGGAAUAUUGAGUGGUAAGUGUAUGUAAAUCGUUUUAAUUUGCAUGGAAAAUUCAAAAAUUUUGUUUUUAUUUAUUAUCACUAGUGUGUUAUAGUUCUGAUUGCGGGGGCUUAUUAGAGACGAGCUUAAUUAGCUGAUUUUUUACCUCCGUCAUGCUUACGAACUUAAACUCACCAUAUGCUUACAAACUUAAAAAUAUCUAACGUAUUAAUACGAUAAUUUGUGUAACUAAUGGACAUUGCCCAUGGACAAAUUGAUUAAAUUUUGGUUAAGUUCGAUGGAAAUUGGAUCAGAAAUUAUAAACUGAAUGCGAAAUUAGCCCAUUGCCUAACUUAUGCAUGACACAUAACUUAAUUCUCUGGCGGAGGUGUGCAGUCUCCGAGUGCACUCUAGUUGUUUCUUGUUUUAGUAAUGCGUCUAUAUACGAUUUCUUUUCUUGCACCUUGGGGAUGACUAAUUGAAGAGGGGAAUCGAUAGAAAGGAGGUGAAACUUAUUAGAGAGGGGCUUAAUAGGGGAUAACUUUAAAAAUUAUUAUUAUUCAAUUUUACUAGCUUCAGUCACGUCAGGUUAUGGUUCAAAAUCAAACCCUGGAAAGUCGUGUAAAUAUAUCCUAGCAGCAAAUACAUCCGCAGUUUCGGGAACAUACUGGAUUAAGCCUGCUGUCAGUACGUUAUUUCAAGUUUACUGUGACAUGAAAACUAAUGGGGGAGGCUGGAGUUUAGUUUACAGCUACACCUUCACAAAUUACAACAGUUUUACCUCAGGAACCAAUGCUGUAACGCCCCGUCCAAACUGGCCUGUUAGUACGGCCAAUGUCCCAAUCUCAACCACUCCUUCAGUCAAUGAGUCAUCUCUUGGGGCUGUAGACUGGAAUUUUUGGAAGCACAUUGGGCAAGAGUUGAUGGUUAAGUCGAACGUCAAUGAUUGGAUUGUUUGUCAACCAAAUGGCGGAAGUCUGGUCGCAAAGAAGGAUGGAUCAAUGAGUUGUCAGAAUACAAAGAACGUGGCAACAGCUUGUAGUGGGGUGGCACCCAGCAGAAUUCGUUGGAAUGCUCAUGGACCAUUCUUGAGUGCUUCCUCAUUGUAUUAUUACUUUGAUGGAUACACAGGUGGUGACUGGCCAACACAUGAUCCUUGCGGUAAAAACAAUGGAAAUCACAAGAAAGGAGUCAGCAACCCUGGCGGACAAAUCUAUCUUCGCUAGAAUUGAAAACUCUACAUUCAGUAGUUUGUUUUGUAUAACACUUGAUAUAUAACAUGCACAAGUAAUCAGGACAUAGAUAUAGUCAUAUGUAGCCUCUUUAUAUAAUCACUAAUUUCAAUAAAAACGACAUUAAUGAUACUGCAUGGAAAGCAUUUCAAGGUAUUAUCCAUAAUUUCGAAAAACUACCCAGGAUAAGAAAAAGAAAACAUUUAGCAUUAGUAUUAGUAUUAGUAACUUUGUAUUGGUAAUCGAG